AUGGUUGGAUGUCGCGCAAAGUCUAGAAGAGAUUGUGGUUACCUAGCGGUGGUGGAUACAGGGGCCAGCAAGUGUCCCUGGGCGAAGAUAGAAGCUCAGCCUUAUUUCUUGUACAAUCCCAAGACCGAAGAAUGUUGUGAUUGGAAAGAUGCAACUAACUGUGUGGAUCUUCAAGCCGAUGUAAUGUUCGUCAUCGAUGUCUCUGGUAGUAUUGAUUCACAGGAAUUCAAGCAGCUGAUAAGCUUCGUGAAGAGCAUUGUUUCAGCUUUGCCCAUCGGCCUUCAAGAGACUCGAGUUGGGGCUAUUUCUUUUACCAGUACUGCUAAGCUGGAAUUCUCUAUGGAUAAGUACGCCACUGAGGCUGAUAUAUUGGCAGCAAUGGACACAAUAGUAAAUAAAGCCGGCGGUACUGCCACUUUUGCUGCUCUGAACCUUCUCAAGUCUGAAGCCUACCUGCCUUCCAAUGGAAAUAGGGCUGAUGUACAGGAUCUGGUGUUUGUGCUGACUGACGGAAAGUCCAGUAACAAGCAAGCUACUUUGGACGCAGUGAAGAACAUCGAAAAUGAGGGCUAUACCAUUUUUUCCGUUGGCAUCGGUAACAAUUUAGAUUUAGAUGAACUUAACGCCAUAUCUUCUGAUCCUGACUCGACGUUCACAUUACGAGCGGAUUUUGACAGCCUAAACACCAUUCUGAACACCCUUAUUGAUUCAGCGUGCCGAGUGCUCGCUCCUGUCAGAACACCUGGAAAUGGUUUGGACUCUGCAGAGAAAAUCGCUGAUGUCUUAGCCGUGUCAGUGAAGACGUGUGAACUUGACUGGUAACAUCUUAGCCGUGUCGGUGAAGACGUGUGAACCAAGCUGGU